AUGGAGAGGCAGGAAAGCAAGCAGGCUUCAGUGUUGAUGUGGGUUUUGGCCGCUGGCUUGCUUUCUCACAAUUUGGCGUUCCCUGUAUUGGCCACAACCUUUGGAGAUCAGAAGAACUACUACUCCCCAGAUCCACAUUCAAGAAGUCCUCCUUCCGGAGGUAGCUCUGUUAACCCACCAUCUCACUCAACGCCAUCAACUCCUUCAGGUGGUCCAACACCAUCAAUCCCUUCAGGUGGAAAUUGUGGAACCCCACCAAGUGUAGCUACUCCACCAACACCAUCAAACCCUCCGCGAGGAGGUGGAUACCACCCCACCCCUCCAACCACAGGAGGCAGUCCCCCAACACCAGUCAUUGUAAGCCCGCCAACCACCCCAAGAAUUACUCCAGGCACCCCUUUCACCCCCACGCCUCCGUUCAUUCCUGACCCAAAUUCACCCUUCUCAUGCAAUUACUGGAGAACUCACCCGGCACUAAUAUGGGGUGUUAUGGGCUGGUGGGGAACAAUGGGAAACGCAUUUGGUGUGACUAGCUUGCCUGGAUUUGGAACGAGUAUGACCUUGCAGCAAGCACUUUCAAACACACGUACUGAUGGGUAUGGGACACUCUACCGAGAAGGUACUGCUUCCUUGCUCAACUCCAUGGUGAGCAAUAGGUUCUCUUUCACAACCAGGCAAGUCAGGGAGAAUUUCGUUGCUUCACUAGCCUCCAACAAGGCUGCAGGAGCACAGGGACAUCUUUUCAAGCUGGCCAAUGAGGGCAGACUCAAGCCCAGAGUCUGAUGAGAGAUUAUCUUUUAUUCAUGUUCACAGUUCAGUUUGUGGAAAGCAUAAUUAACUGGUAUAUCUUUUGUGGGUGUGUGCUAUUUAAUUAGGUUCAUGUGCGACCUAUCUUAUGAUCAACUUGGAGGCCAUAUUAAGGAUAGGUUGACAAUAUUGUAAUAUUGCUCAAGUUGAUGUUUUCUUGUUUAGUUUUCAAUAAGAUUCAUGGUUUAAUUUGAAUU